AUGACCAUCCCCGCCGAUAUCCUCGCUGCGUCUGCAGCAGGGAGAAUCCCAAGCAAUGUCUCGCUGGAAUACCUCGCCCAGUCCCGCGAUCACUCCGCCAUUGUGGGAAUCAUUUUCAUGAUCUGUCUCACGGGCCUGUUAAUGAUCUUACGUCUAUACGCCAGAGCCUAUAUCGUCAAGAAAAUCGGUUUGGAUGAUGCAUUGGCCAUCUUGACAUUUGUACUCUAUAUCCCCAUCGUCGUCCUCUCAAUCGUCCUCAUCAACCUAGGAAGCGGCCGACACAUCGAAUACAUCCAAUAUGUCCUCUCCAUGCCCACAGUGCGCCAAACCGAAGUCCUCGACUUCGUCGCCCACGUCCUCUACACAACAGCCCUUUUCCUAUGUCGCCUAUCCGGUCUAGCAUUUUACUACCGACUCACUGCACGCUCAACAAAACUACACAUGAGCAUCCUCGUCGCAGCACCCCUCCUCUUCGCCGCCUACCUCCCCCAGCUCUUCCUCCUGAUCUUCCACUGCAGACCAGUAACAGGUCUCUGGCCUUACGAAUGGCAAACAGAACCUAGGACAUACAAUUGCCUCAGCUGGGGCUUGGUCUACUCCGUCAAUUCAGGUCUCUCCCUCGCAUGCGACAUCCUCAUGUUCGCCAUCCCAGCAAUCCUCAUCAAAGAACUGCACAUCUCAAUGGAGAAGAAGAUCAAACUUUCCAUCGUUAUGUUCCCGGGUGUCUUCGUAAUCGUCAUAUCAGCAGUCCGCGUCUGGCUAGUGGCAAUAGGCCAAUGGGCCUCAGACGGCAGCUGGGCCUACAACCCAAUGCUAUGCAUCGAGAACGCCGAAAUAGCAGGCACAUUAAUCGCGCUCUCGGUGCCAGCCCUAAAGCCAGUCUUCGGCAACGUCUUCGCCCACCUCACCGAAUACACAUCCAGCCACACGCGCUCCCGAUCCCGGUCGACAAAGCUCCGCAGCCAUUCCAAACCGCUUAGUGGUGUUGCGUCUAGUAAUCGCGAUAAUAAGCGGUUGAUUAAUUGGUCGAAGCUCGGUGGGGAUGACUAUGAGAUGAUGCCUAGUGAGGUUUCUGUUGGGACGAGGGAUGGGAACCAUGGACAUGGGGAUGGGGCUAGUGCCAGGGGUGGUUGA